CAUAACUUGAUUGGAGCGAAGCAUGAGGACUUGCUUAAUGUUGCUGCUUUCUUUGCUACUAGUCUCUCUCCUUCUCUCCCUCUCUCUCGGAGAGAAAGAAACACCCUACGAGGUGUUGGGUGUCUCAAUAACUGCUGAUAAACUACAAAUAAAGAAAGCUUAUUCUAAACUUGCCAGAAAAUGGCAUCCAGAUAAAAAUAGGAGCCCUGAAGCUUCCGAUAAAAUGGCAAGAAUCAACUGGGCCUACAAGAUAUUGCAUAAUGAUGACAAAAGACGUCGGUACGAUAUCUUAGGGGAGGAGUCUGAUGAUGCCCCGCCCUCCAAUAAACCAGACACUCGUAAUUACUUGACUCCGACAGACAGUGUCAGCAGUAUGCAGUUUAUGAAUCACCUCAAAUCAUAUUCGAAGAAACGUCCUUAUCUCAUUUAUUAUUAUCACGACUUUUGCCCCGCCUGUUUGUCGUGGACGGAAAAAUGGGAGGAGCUUCGUACGGAUUUUUUAAGGCUUGGUCUUGGUACCGCUAGCAUUCAAGUUAUCAUUAGUACUCAAGCAACUCAGUUCUCGAGGGUGCAGCUGAAUAAAGUACCCGCUCUUGGCCUGUUAGUGGACGAAGAGGUUCACCUUUAUACUGGGGCAGGUAUCAACAUGGAGGACGUGAAGGAAUUUGUGAAUCCACUGGUUAGGGUGAAAGUUAAUGAGGUUGUGUCUUCUGAUUUUCUUUACGGUGGUAAUGUCUCUCGUAUCACUAACAAUAAACCAGUUGUCUUGCUGGCCUCAGUUCACCCUAGUCCCUCACUCAGUUAUAAACUCAUUGCACUUAAGCUUCAGUCUUUCUGCGAUUUCUAUUUCCUUUCGUCAUCUCGGUCUUCACAAGAACUCUUGGACGAUUUGAGGAUCGAGAGAGACGGGAGAGCACUAUUCAUUUAUAAAGAUAUAUCAGAGCAGCCUCACUUUAUACUCAAUUCAAUAGAUUCAAAAGGAGCAGUUACAGCUGCUAUUGAUGAGAACAAGUUGCUAUUGUUACCAAGGGUCUCUUCUCCUCUCUUCUUUGAUACAAUAUGUCCUUUUGGACCUCAUGCAAGAUUGUGUCUAUUAUUAGUAGCAAAUGGAGUGUCCCAAUACACUGAUCCUCUUACUAACUCCUUCAGACAGCUGGCAUACGAAUGGAAGGAUAAGGAUGUUAGUAUGGGGUACUUUGAUAUCAACAGGCAAACCAGUUUGUCAAACAAAUUUUCUUCGUCAGUCGAGUCUUCUUUAAAGAAAUGUAACAAUGGAUACUCAUCCAGAACUAUUCUAGUCCUCCACAGGGAGAAAGCUGACAAGGCUCACUAUAAACUAUUUCAUAAUUACUGUGGAGAGGACAAUAAGGAACUGGAGGAGAUUUUAUCACUUGGGGACAGGACCUUGAACAAGCUAAUGGUCCUAGACCCAGUGGAAGACGAGAGUAUCACCUUUUGGAGUCAAUUAAUUGACGCAUUACCAAGAGUGUGGGAGAAGACUAUGGCGAUAUUCCUCCUCCCAUUUCCCCUCUUCAUUCUCUCCUGCUAUCUUUAUUACUUUAAUGACACUAGGCCUCAAGGAGGAAAUCAGCAGCUGCAACAAAACUACGGACAAAGAACUCAAGAAUCACAUCACUCACAACAGCAAAGAGAUCAGCAGCAAAGAGAUGAACAGCAAGGAGAUGAACAGCAAGGAGAUCAGCAGCAAGGGGAUCAGCAGCAAAGAGAUCAGCAGCAAAGAGAUGAACAGCAAGGAGAUGAACAGCAAGGAGAUCAGCAGCAAGGGGAUCAGCAGCAAAGAGAUCAGCAGCAAAGAGAUGAACAGCAAAGAGAUGAACAACAAGGAGAUCAGCAGCAAGGAGGCCAGUUGCAAAAAGUUGGCCAGCUGGAAAGACAUCAAAUUGAAGGAGGCCAGCAAGAAGGAAACCAGUUUCCUGAACAAAGUAAAGAGAAGAAGCAAGAAGAGAUUCUUGCACAAGAUGAUGAUGAUAAUGAUGAUGGCAAAAAGCCAAAAGGAAAUGACAAAGAGUUGACAAAUGAGAAAAAGGUUGAACCAACAGUAGAUAAUGGACCAGGAAAAGAUAGUUCUACUAAUAGUAAAAGUGUUCGAAAGCGUCACUAACAUAACAUGUAGAUAAAGAGAGAGAGGGAGAGAGAAAAGAUGAAAAUAUAAUUUUUGUUCAUUACAUUUAUAAUCUUCAUCACCUAA